AACAGGCAAAGCUUUGAUUUUCCACCCUGAUUUUUCUCAACAAUCAAACCCUUUUAAGGCAAACAGCCCAUGAGCUGUUCAUUGUCUCAUCAAAUAAAUAGUUAAAAACAAAAUAAAUAAAUAAACAAAUAUACAAAGUUUAAGCACAAAUCAAUGCACACUCUUUGAAUCAUUCACUCUUUCUUUCUGCUUCUCCAAUGGAUACAAACAAGCCUCAUUCUUCAUCAGAAACAAGCUUCCCCAUACUUGCAGUUUCACUGCUAGGAAUAAUCACAACUGCAAUCCUUCUAGUGAGCUACUAUCUCUACGUUGUCAAGUGUUGCCGGCGCCGUCGAGACAUGAUCGGCAGGUGGCGAGAGUCACCAUGCAUGAACCAGGGCCUCACAGAGCAAGCAAUUCAGGCAAUUCCCAUAAUUCAGUUCAAAGCUGACACAAGGUCUUCUUUCCAUGAAUGUUCAGUAUGUUUGAAUGAGUUCCAAGAGGAGGAGAGGCUUAAAAUUCUGCCACACUGUUUCCAUGUCUUCCAUAUUGACUGCAUUGACACUUGGCUUCAAUCCAAUUCCAAUUGCCCUGUUUGCAGAGGAGGCAUCAGUAGCAGAGACAUGUUUUCAUGUUCCAAGGAUUUCAUAAGCCAAGAUAAUGAAAAUCUAGUGAUUCAAGUUGGAGAUGAUGACCUGAGAAUGGAGGCACAAAUCAACAAUCCUUCUCCAGUGUUGCACAAAGUUGGUAGCAUGGGAGAUGAAUGCAUUGAUCUGAGGAACAAGGAUGAGCAGUUCGAUGUUCCAACAGUGAGGCGAUCUUUCUCCAUGGAUUCUUCGAACAACAAACAACUCUAUUUGUUAGUUCAGAGGAUUCUGCAACAUAAUCCACACCUGCAGUAAUGGAGGGACUGCGACAAUCAGGGUGAUUCUUCUUC